CUUUCCUCGUCGACCUUGGCGGAUCGCGUUUGCGCGGUGGGGAUCAGUUCCCAGCACCGGCUCGGCUUCGGGCUGCCUGCGGUCUCAGUGUGAGGGCGGUCGAAGUGGCUGGCUCGUUUAAGAUGAGGCUUCUGCUACUUCUGCUGGUGGCGGCGUCGGCCGUGGUCCGGAGCGAUGCCUCGGCCAACUUGGGCGGCGUGCCUGGCAAGAGAUUAAAGAUGCAGUACGCCACGGGGCCUCUGCUCAAGUUCCAGAUUUGUGUUUCCUGAGGUUACAGGCGGGUGUUUGAGGAGUACAUGCGGGUUAUUAGCCAGCGGUACCCUGACAUCCGCAUAGAAGGAGAGAAUUACCUCCCUCAACCAAUAUAUAGACACAUAGCAUCUUUCCUGUCAGUCUUCAAGCUAGUAUUAAUAGGCUUAAUAAUUGUUGGCAAGGAUCCUUUUGCUUUCUUUGGCAUGCAAGCUCCUAGCAUCUGGCAGUGGGGCCAAGAAAAUAAGGUCUAUGCAUGUAUGAUGGUAUUCUUCUUGAGCAACAUGAUUGAAAACCAGUGUAUGUCAACAGGUGCAUUUGAGAUAACUUUGAAUGAUGUACCUGUGUGGUCUAAGUUGGAAUCUGGUCACCUUCCAUCCAUGCAACAGCUGGUUCAAAUUCUUGACAAUGAAAUGAAGCUCAACGUGCAUAUGGAUUCAAUCCCACACCAUCGAUCAUAGCCCCAACUAUCAGCACUGAAAACUCUUUUACAUUAAGGGAUUUUUGCAAGAGCAGCGUGACUGACAUUAUGAAGGCCUGUACUGAAGACAGCAAGCUGUUAGUACAGACCAGAUGCUUUCUUGGCAGGCUCGUUGUACCUCUUGGAAAACCUCAAUGCAAGGCAGUUUUUCAGUGCUGGCACAUUUUGGAAUUCUGCACAUUCGUGGAGUGCAAUAAUACUGUAUAGCUUUUUUUCUUCCCCAGAUCCACUCAGUUAAUAGUUUUAAAAAAUGCAGACAUACUCCUUGUACUUUUUUUUUCUUGGUCAUAUUUUCAAAAGUAGAAAAUUGCGUUACAAUUUUAUUUUUUUUUCAAAGAUUUCUGUUAAAUCUGUUGUGAUUUUAUAUAAAUUUUCCUUUUUUAUAGUUUAAAAUUGAUCUUUUGGGGACUAGAGCUGAAGUUCCCAAAUACUUUAUAAGAGUUUAUCAGACAUCUCUAAUUUGGUCGUGUCCAAUUUAUAUAGUUUUCAAAAUACUGCAGAUUGUGAACAGCAUAUUAUAUAAGAUUAUGGGGGGGAAAUCCUAUAUCCAGAGUACUCUACCAAUUGUGUAUGUGUGUGUGUGUGUGUGCGUGUGUGAUUACCAGAGAACUACUAAAAGACCAACUGCUUUUUAAAUCCUGUUAUGUAGUUCAAGUGUUCUGCCUUGACCAAUUUAAUGAGUUGAUUAACUGGGCCUUUAUACUUAACUCAAUAAAAAACUAAACAGAUGUAAGUUAAAUAAAAAGUUCAAGUUCA